AAACCUCUUGUAAGAUCAGUGAUGGAUGGUUACAAUGUAUGCAUUUUUGCUUAUGGUCAAACUGGAUCUGGGAAAACAUAUACUAUGUCUGGCCCGGGAGGUGACUCAACAAAGGAAUUUGGAAUCAAUCAAUUGGCUCUGAAUGAUCUAUUCCUAUUAUCUGAUGAAAGGAAGGACAUCAUGAGUUAUAAGAUCCACGUUCAAAUGGUCGAGAUAUAUAAUGAGCAAAUUCGUGAUCUUCUUGCAGACGAUCCUUUGCUUACUAAAUUGGAAAUUAGAAGUUGCAUGAACGGAAACGGUCUACCUCUGCCUGAUGCAAUGCAUCCAGUGAAUUGCGCUAGAGAUGUUAUAGAUCUGAUGAAACUUGGUGACGUGAACCGUGCUGUUGGCUCUAUUGCCAUGAACAACCGCAGUAGUCACUCACACAGUGUGCUGACUGUGCACGUGCAUGGUGAAGAUACAUCUGGAAACAUAAUCCAUAGUAGCCUACAUUUGGUGGAUCUUGCUGGUAGUGAACGAGUUGACAAGUCGGAAGUUACUGGUGACGGCCUCAAAGAGGCACAACAUAUUAACAAGUCUCUCUCUUGCUUGGGUGAUGUGAUCACAGCAUUGGCACAGAAGAACUCCCACAUCCCCUAUAGAAAUAGCAAACUCACCUUACUCUUGCAGAACUCUUUAGGUGGACAUGCGAAAACGUUGAUGUUUGCUCAUGUCAGUCCUGAAGGGGAUUCCUUUGGACAAACAAUUAGUACUCUGAAGUUUGUACAGAGGGUUUCGAGUGUGGAACUUGGUGCAGCUUGUUUAAAUAAAGAGAACGUCGAAGUUUUAGAGCUCAAGGCAGAGAUCGAGACCCUUAAAAAGGCGUUGGCUAACAAGGAAGCACUAACUCCUCAAACUAACAAACCAAAGGAAGCAUCAAGGACACCUUUCCAGAAGCCUAAAGCAACAGCUGAAAGUUUGCAGAACAUCGAGACCCUUAAAAAGGCGUUGGCUAACAAGGAAGCACUAACUCCUCAAACUAACAAACCAAAGGAAGCAUCAAGGACACCUUUCCAGAAGCCUAAAGCAACAGCUGAGCUUCAGGAAGGAUAUGAUGCCACAAAAUUGUAUGAUCAAGCGGCUCCUCGGAGUCCAACUUCUGGUUUUAAAAGACAACAGCCUCCUCGGAGUCCAACUUCUGGUUUUAAAAGCCAGCAGCCUCCUCGGAGUCCAACUUCUGGUUUCAAAAGCCAGCAGGCACCUCGGAGUCCAACUUCCGCUUUGAAGAGCUGUAAUGUACCUAGGAGUCCAACAAAUGCUGCCAUCAAAAGCCAG